AUGUUGUCCAGAAUAACGAGAUCCAGCAAGGCAUUAAACUUUGCGCUCGGUACUACCGCAGUCGCAGCCGCCGGCUACCUGUACGCGCAGUCGCGCGGGAAUCUGAGCACCAGUCUGAACAAAGGCGACGUGACCGGGCAGGCAGCAGCGCAGACAUUCACCGGGGAUGGCCAAUGGCACGCACUGAAGAUUGCCAAGAUCGAGCAAGUUUCGCACGACACGCGCCGUUUCACCUUCGCGCUUCCUUCUCAGGAUCACGUGACAGGUUUGACCACUGCGUCAGCGCUGCUAGCCAAGUAUGUGACUCCAAAGGGCUCCAACGUGAUCAGACCAUACACCCCAGUCAGUGACAACAUGGCGCGCGGGAUGUUCCAGCUGGUGAUCAAACAUUACGACGGCGGCAAGUUCACGACCCACCUCUUUGGGCUUAAGGAAAACGACACUGUGGAGUUCAAGGGACCUAUACAGAAGUGGCGCUGGGACCCCAACAUGUUUGACUCGAUUGUGCUCAUGGGUGCCGGUACGGGUAUUACCCCUCUGUUCCAGAUGAUGCAUCAUAUCGCGGAAAACCCAACUGACAACACCAAGGUGCAUCUUCUGUACGGCAACAAGACCCCCCAGGACAUUCUGCUACGCAAGGAACUCGAGGAGCUAGCUUCGAAGUACCCUGACCAGGUGAAGGUAACGUAUUUCGUGGACAAACCAGAGGGUGACUACAAGGGUGAGAAGGGCUUUAUCACGAAAGACUUCUUGAAGCAGAACUUGCCAACCCCGGGCUCCAACUCGCACAUCUUUGUAUGCGGGCCCCCACCAUUUAUGGACGCGUUUUCCGGCAACAAGGUAUCCCCAUCUGACCAGGGUCAGGUUACGGGUGUCCUAUCUGAGCUAGGCUACACCAAGGACCAUGUUUACAAGUUCUAA